AUGGGGCUGUCCGAGCGGUUUGAGCUCAACAAAGACAAGGGGGAAGUCCAUAUUGUUGGUCAAAUCAAUGACUUUGAAGGGCCAUUGCAAUUCUCACCGACCAAGCGCAAGCUUCACCCUACUGUUCGGAAGCUUCCGAGUACUGCACCUAUUGAUUUGGAUCCUUUCAUAGAUCCAACACAGUCUACUCAGUGUACAAAUGAGCUUACCAAGGUGCACAGAAAAGUCACAGAUGAUGUAUUGAGUGAUAGCAGCUAUGACUCUGAAUUGGCUGCAUCUUCUAACUCUGAAUUAGAUGAUUUUUCUGACUCUGAGUACUCUGACCCUGAGUAUGAGCCUGAUCUUGAGAUAGUUGAUGAAGAUGACAAUGAUGAUGUUCCUGAUUGUUCUUAUGAUGUUAAGACGAACGGUCCGAAGCACACAUGCAGUUCAGUGAAUCAGUGUGGUGACACAAUGGCAUCAAAUAAUUGGGUUGCUGAAAGGGUGGUUGAAUUCUUGAAGGAGGACUCAACUUUGGGACCUACAGACUUACAACGUAAGCUGAAGAACAAGUACGCACUAAAAGUUCUUUACAGCAAGGUUUUCAGGGGUAAGGAAAAGGCUCUAGAGAUGAUAUUUGGUAAAUGUGAUGACAGUUAUGACUUGCUGCCCACAUAUAGAGCUGAGCUACUCAAAUCAGCUCCAGGAAGUAUUGUUGAGCUGGAUACUGAAAAUCAUCAAGGGGAUGUCUGUUUUAGGAGAUUCUUUGUGGCCCUCAAACCAUGCAUUGAUGGUUUUCUGCAAGGAUGCAGGCCCUACAUUGCUAUAGAUGCUACCCACCUGACAGAAAGAUCAAGGGGUCAGUUGGCAGCUGCUGUUUCUGUAGAUGGAAAUAAUUGCCUUUUUCCGGUUGCCUAUGGUGUAAUUGAAACUGAGUCCAUAGAGAGCUGGACAUGGUUUAUCCAGAACUUAAAGGCAGCUAUUGGUACACCAACAGGUUUGGCUAUCAGCACAGAUGCAUGCAAAGGACUAGGUGAGGCUGUGAAGGAUGUGUAUCCUGGUGUCGAACAUAGAGAAUGUAUGAGGCAUUUGUUGAAGAAUUUCAAGAAGCAUUACUCUGGUGAUUUGUUCAAUUAUAACAUGUGGCUGGCUGCCAAGACUUGCACUAUUCAGAAGUUCAAUUGGCACAUGAGGAAAAUACAGGAAAGGUUCCUUCAAGCAAUUGCUUACUUGGAUGAGAACCAUCCAUACUUGUGGAGUAGAAGCAAAUUCUCUGAGCAAUGCAAGGUAGACUAUAUCAAUAAUAACCUCUCUGAGACUUUCAACAACUGGGUGAGAAAAUGUAAAGACUUGCAGAUUCUAGAGAUGCAUGAUGUUAUAAGACAGAUGAUCAUAACUACAUUUGAAUAG